ACGUGGCAGGCGGCGUACUGACGUGCCGUAGGUUUAAGUUUGUUUGCUAAUGUUAGCCGUGUUAUCAGCAGAAUUAGCUUGUUUUUUCUACUCCUUAGUCCGGGUUAACGAACAGUGAGGAUACGGAACGACUGUCGAGACGCACUGCAGGGUUUCACCGGCCAGGACAAACUGGUAAUUGGUUUGUGUCGCAUUCGAAGGAGCUGGAGUUCAAACUUUAGGAGAAUGAAUAUUGGCUCUAAAAGUAAGAAGCGGAUGGUGCUGCCCAGCCGUCCUGAGCCCCCGACCGUGGACCAGAUCCUGGAAGACCUCGACAGAGCUGCUCCUGAUGACCCGAUCUUCAGCAUCCUAGAAAAGACUGGACAAGACGUGCCCCGUCCCGCAGACAGCGAGGUGGAGCUACGGUUCCAGCAGUGUCGUCGAUAUCUGGAGUUGAACAAGGAGCUGCAGGAGGUUCGGGACCGGCUGGUACAGCAGAGGGAAGAGCUGAAAGCAGCAGGAGAACAGGCAGACAGAGAGGUGGAAGAAAUCAAAAGUCAACAACUCUGAUUUGUCCUUUCCUGUUGGACAGACUCUCCUUGUCAUUCAUGGUCUGGCUCAGUUUCACUGAAGUCUUCUCAAACUCACUGGCUCGGCACAAACCUGCGCUGGUGCCACUGCGUCAGGCACACAGCUCUAGCUGACCUCUAACCCUAGAGCAGAAGUACACGAUUUUGUAUACCUAAGGAUUGUUGGAGAUCAAGACUACUUCACAAUAAGUCUGAUGCUGAGCAAAGCUUUAUAUGUGAAGCAACAGGAAGAGUUUGAUGUCAAUCAUUACUAAAUUAUAAUUCGUAUAGUUAAUGUCUGUCAUGUAGCAGUUUAAUCUUUCACAUUUUUCCAGGUGUAUGUUAACUGAGAUUGAAAUAAAUGUUGAUGUAAUGGAUCAAGCAAAAGUGCCAGAUUACAUAUUGUAAAGAUAAAAAUAAAUGAUCAGAGUUGUUUGGUUAAUCGGUAUCUUAAAGAAAGCAAGAAAGCACCUUGUCUUAAGAAUUGUUGCCCAAAUUACAUUUACUUUGAGUCAUGGUCAAACUAACAACUUUGUUUGUUUUUACUGACAGUUUGUUGUUUCUAAGGGUUCCUGUAGGUCAUUAAGGCUUAAAUUCCAAAAAAAUUAAAUGGUUGUAUUUAGAGAUGAUGUAUUUCAAUGUUUGAGAUUUGAUUUUGAAAGUCAAUUUUAUAAAGAAGCUGUUGUUUGAAUAUCA